AUUCCCUUCCCUUCCGCAUUGUGCAUUGAGUUUCCGAUUUUGUUACACGUGAUUCAUUCUUAUAAACCAUCACCAAUAAUAUAUGUAGUCUGCAAGAAUGGACCGUAACAGUUUAAAGGCUAUAUUGUUUGAUCUGGACAACACGCUUAUUGACACAGCGGGAGCAGGAGUGGUGGCCAUACAAAAAACAAGUGAGCUCCUGAAAACCGCUUUGGGCCAAAAUGACCAUUGCACUGAUGAUAUCUGUGACAGGUUCAAAAGGAAGCUUCUUCACGAGACUUUUGACGCUGCAGAGGGAAAGACCAUUGAUGAGGUGCGUGUCAAGCAUUGGGACGAGAGUAUCUUGGAAGUAUUGAGUAGCUCAUACCCUAGCCUGGGACACAAAUGCUAUUACCUCUGGAAGAACACUCGCCUGGAGCUUCUAACCUUAUCACCUCCAGUGUGUAAUCUACUGAAGGAGCUGAGGACCAGCUAUAAACUACUAUUGCUGACAAAUGGAGAGACCCAAACCCAGAGAGAGAAGGUGGAGGCAGUGGGGUGUCGGGGAUAUUUCGAUGCCAUAGUGGUGGGGGGAGAGCAUGCAGAGGAGAAGCCCUCGCGAUCCAUAUUUACCCACUGCUUCACCCUGCUGGAGGUGCAGGCUCUUGACUGUGUGAUGGUGGGUGACUCUCUGUCCACAGACAUCCUGGGGGGCUUCAAGGCAGGGGUCCGUGCCACCGUGUGGAUUAACAACAAGGGUGGCUCGCCACCCAAGGGUUUAGUCAAACCGGACUAUACCAUUUCCAGUGUGUUAGAACUACCAGACAUUCUGGCUCAUUUCAAACAAGGCUCUUGAAAAGUACCCGAUAUGGAGAGUGCCAAGAUUAAUAUAGUCCUAAAAUAUUUUCCCCCAAUAAUCUGUGUGGUGGGUGCACUCAGACAAUUAACACUAACAUUCCUAUUCUGUGGGUGGGUGGGUGAACAAUUAAAUACAAAUAAACACAGGAUUUAAUUCUUAAAAAGUACUAUCAAACUUUGAAUUCUUUAUU